GAUCUGCGGUCACACUAGCGUCUCUGCUCUUCGUUUCUGCUAAAAUUUGUCAAAAAACACAUAAAUAAAUCCGAAUAAUUAUAAAUAUAAUAUAUGAAUUACAAAAUUAGUAACUGCACGAACUGAAAACAGAAAAACCGAUCAGCAAAGACCAGAAAACAAGCCAAAUCGGAGAACAGUAUGAAAAUGGUGUUGUCGCAGCGGCAGCGCGAGGAGCUUAACCAAGCGAUUGCCGAUUAUUUGGGCUCAAAUGGCUACGGCGACUCACUGGAGACCUUCCGCAAGGAGGCCGAUGUCAGCACAGAGUCGGAGAAGAAGUAUGGCGGUCUGCUGGAGAAGAAGUGGACAUCGGUCAUACGCCUGCAGAAGAAGGUGAUGGAACUAGAGGCUAAGCUCACUGAAGCUGAGAAAGAGGUUAUCGAGGGUGCGCCCACAAAGAACAAACGCACGCCCGGCGAAUGGAUACCACGCCCGCCAGAGAAGUUCUCUCUGACUGGUCAUCGAGCCAGCAUAACGAGGGUUAUAUUUCAUCCCAUAUUUGGCCUCAUGGUUUCAGCAUCGGAAGAUGCCACCAUUAGGAUUUGGGAUUUCGAAACUGGCGACUAUGAGCGCAGUCUAAAAGGACACACCGACUCUGUGCAGGAUGUGGCAUUCGAUUCGCAGGGCAAGCUCUUGGCUUCCUGCAGCGCCGAUUUGUCCAUCAAAUUGUGGGAUUUCCAGCAGAGCUACGAAUGUGUUAAAACAAUGCACGGUCACGAUCACAAUGUAUCAUCGGUGGCCUUUGUGCCCGCCGGCGAUUAUGUUCUGUCUGCUUCACGUGAUCGAACCAUCAAAAUGUGGGAGGUGGCCACCGGGUACUGCGUGAAGACAUAUACUGGCCAUAGGGAGUGGGUGCGAAUGGUGCGAGUGCACAUUGAGGGCAGCAUCUUUGCCACAUGCUCAAACGAUCACACAAUACGUGUUUGGUUGACGAAUUCAAAAGACUGCAAGGUUGAAUUACGUGAUCAUGAGCACACCGUGGAGUGCAUUGCCUGGGCUCCAGAAGCAGCAGCAUCAGCGAUAAACGAAGCAGCCGGAGCGGACAACAAGAAGGGCCACCACCAGGGCCCAUUCCUUGCAUCUGGUUCUCGAGACAAAACUAUACGCAUUUGGGAUGUGAGCGUUGGACUGUGCCUGCUCACGCUUAAUGGCCACGACAAUUGGGUGCGUGGCUUGGCAUUCCAUCCGGGUGGCAAGUAUUUAGUGUCGGCCAGCGAUGACAAGACCAUCAGGGUCUGGGACUUGCGCAACAAGCGAUGCAUGAAGACGCUCUACGCACAUCAGCAUUUCUGCACCUCCAUAGAUUUUCACAAGGCGCAUCCGUACGUCAUCAGCGGCAGCGUGGAUCAAACAGUUAAGGUCUGGGAGUGUCGUUAAAGCAAAUUAAAACCCAGCAAAAGUUUUGCUUACUUCUCAAUUUAAACAUAAAUAAAGCUAAUAUAAUAAAUCACACACAACACCACACACACACACACACACACAUAAAUGCAACAGUCUCAGCCACCUCCAGCAGCAAGUUUAUUUUCCAGACGCUUUCAGUGUCAGCGUCCGUCAGUAAAAUGAACACAUUACGAGUAGUGUAUUUUAAAGCCGAAUGCAAAAUCGCGAAAAGAAUUAUUUAUUUAAUUGUACAACCUUCUAACUAAAUAUGUAACUACCUACCUACCUACCUACUAUAUACAAAGUACAUGUACGUUAAUGCCUAUGCAUAUACACCUACGAUUAUUAUUUCGUUUAAUGUAAAUGCUGUGUCGGGUCGUUCGACCCUUCGCUAAUCCCAAAAGCAGCGGCUCGCUUAAC